AUGAAAGAUUUUCUUCAUAUUCAAUUCAUCAACAAGUUAUUCCCUCGUGAGUACAACAUAGAAAAACUGCCAUUCCCCGGUGACAAUGCAAUGCUGAUUCAGUUGAACUGUUUGGACUGCGGAGGCAGUGCCAUGUCUAUUACCUUUGCUCAUUUAAUUGCAGACAUGGCUUCGGUCUCCACAUAUCUCCAAUGCUGGGCUGCCAAUGCACGGGGAUUAGGGUUUAGCUCUCAACUUUCACCCUUACUUUGUACUGCACAAACUUCCUUUCCACAGAAUCCCUCACUCCCAAGUAACUUAAUCCCUUUCAACAAUUUUCUUAAAUACUCGAGCGGUGGUAAGUAUGUGACGAGAAGAUACUUAUUCGAUGCCUCUGCUCUAUCCUUUCUCAAGGCCCAACUCAGUAGCUCGGCUGCAUCGCGUGUGGAUGUGGUAACGGCCUUGGUGUGGAAAUGCUUCAUGGCGGCAGUGGUGGAAGAGACCUCCGGGAAAGACGGGAAACCAUUCUUGAUGACUCAAGUAGUCAACCUCCGGAAACGGGCUGCGCCCCUGUUUCCGGAGGAUACCUUUGGUAAUAUGUUGUGGUUGCCAAAGAUUGUUUGCAGCAGACCACAAGAAAAGGAGUUAGGAGAUUUGGUGAAGGAGGUGAAAAGAGGGAUAGCAAAUAUUGAUGGUGAGUUUGUGAGACGUUUGGGGGAUGAUGGUUUGAAUGAAUAUUUGGAGGGGUUUAGGAAUGAGAUGCCAAAACAAGCUAAUUGGCUUUGCUUUAGUAGUUGGGUUAAUAUGCGUCUUUAUGAGGUUGAUUUUGGGUGGGGGAAACCUGUGUGGCUGUCAGGCUUUACUAUGCAACACUCGGAAUUGGAAACCGUGGUUUCCUAUAAUAAUCCUUGCAUGCCUACGACUUGUGAAUCAGAUGCACUGAGUUCCAAAGAAGAUGUCGAAAACAGGGCGUGGAGGGUGCAAACAAAUUGUUCCUUCAUGACGGCUCUCAAAUAUGGCAUUUUUAGCAAUUUGUCUUCUGUUAUAUGA